CACACCCAUUCACUGCAAAGGAGGCCAGUAUAAAUAGCUGUGAUUCAUGAAGGGAGAAAGAGAAUAAGAAAGAGAGACUGAAAGAGAGGAGAAGGAAGAUAUAUCACACAAGAUUGGCCUUGCAAAAGCAGUUCUGAGAGAGAUCCUGAUAUCUGGGUUUCCCCCUCCUUUGGUUUGAAGACAAUGUGGCGGGCCCUCAUGUAUCAGCUUGCUCUGAUUCCUCUCGUCCAGGCUCAAAAUGACUACUGCAGAACACACCGUACCUUCAGGGAGCCAGCCAACACUGACAUUAACGUCUACUGUGGCACAAAUAGCAUGGAGCUCCAUAUCUUGCUAUGUCCCGUUUACUUUGGUGGAUACAAUGAAACACUGAUGUCCCUCAACGCUCAGUACUUCAAGGGAGAGUGCCGGGGGACACCCGAUUGGACGGUCGACCCGCCUAUUCUGAAAUACAACUUCUCCAUCACAGAGGAGGCGGUGUCCGCCUGCAACAACAAAAUAAAGAUCACUCAGGAGGUGGGUUCUGGGCUCUUUGCAGAUUUCUCCAGCGUUCAGUUUGUCAACAUCUCGGGCAUGAUCAACUCUCUGGACCCCAGUGCGGGAACGAUCACCUACCGCCAGGAAAUGAUUUACAAAUUCUCCUGCCGCUAUCCACUCCAGUACUUGGUCAACAACACUGAGAUGACCGUGUCUGGGGUGAGCCUAGCAGUCAAAGACAGCAAUGGGAGUUUCAUCAGUACCCUGAGUAUGAUGCUCUACUCGGACAGGUUCUACACAACCCAGCUCAAGGUCCCUGAGGUAGGCUUGACGUUGAAGACACGCAUCUUUGUGGAGGUCAAGGCCACCAAUCUCACUGGAAGGUUCAACGUGUUGUUGGACCGAUGCUAUGCCACAACCAGUCCUUACCCCGUCAACAGCACUUAUUAUGACCUCUUUGUUGGGUGUAACCGGGAUGGCCAGACGGUGAUGGGGGUGAAUGGGCAACAGCAGGAAGCUCGUUUCUCGUUUGAGGCCUUCCGCUUCGUCCAGCACAAGAACAGGACGUUGUCCACUUUCUACCUGCACUGCUCUACCAGACUCUGUGAGAGGUCCGUCUGCACCUCCCUGCAACAGAACUGCACGGACAUCAGCUCAAGGAGGAAGCGGGAGAUCCAGGACACGUCUGUGACCGACACAGCCACAGUCAGCUCCGGCCCCAUCCGCACCCAAGUGGACAACGGUGAUACUGUCGGAAUUGUAUCUGAAGUUUCCGAGCAGUUGAGUGGAAAACACAGAUCCUUGCAAGGCGUUGCCAUAGCAGCAGGGAUUGUUGGUGCGCUCUGUAUCGCCAUGGUAGCCUUCAUUGCGUACUGGAUCAUUGUGCCAAGGACCAUUGGGGCCACAGAGAAGAGAAUGCUCUUCACUACAAAAGAGUGA